GCGCUGUUCAACUGGUGUAUGAUGUGUUCUCUGGCUGUGUUUCCUCCUCCGCUGGCUGCGGGACACACACACACACUGAUGGAGCAGCACAACGAGCUGCAGGCGUCUGACCCUCAGGUCGAUCUGCCCAGUCCUCAGUUCACCAGAGACACACUGAAGGGUCACAGUCGAGCCGAGAGCAGCAGUAAAUCAGCAUUCCUGGACCAGAGAGACACACUGUGGAGGAGAAGCGCUGGAGCCUGGCGUGAUGCUGGUCUGUACGGCCUUCUGGACCAGAUCACCAACAGUGCAGAUGAAGUGCCCAGGUGUGUGUCGGUGGGCUCCUCCUGUCUGCUGGCUCUGCUGAGAUGGUCUUCCUCCUUCCAUGGCUCUCUGUUUCCUCAUCUGACACUCAGCAGUGAUGAGAUGGUGGCCGAGUUCUCCCAGAUGUUGGACUGGUCAGACAGUGCUGUGCGGAGCUUCUCUUGGCAUCCUCACACGGAUAAGUUUGCUGUAGCGCUGCUGGACGACUCCAUCAAGAUCUACAAACCGCACAGCUCGACGGCCCCCACACUGAAGCACCGCUGUCAGAGGAGUGUGUGUGCGCUACAGUGGAAGCCUCUGUGCGGAUCGGCUCUGGCUGUGGCCUGUCAGUCCUGCCUGCUCAUCUGGCAUGUGGACCCUGCGUCUCUGUCCACCAGGCCGUCGUCAGGCUGUGCGCAGGUCUUGUCUCACCCCGGUCACUCUCCCAUCACCUCCAUCGCCUGGUCACCCACCGGCUCCCUGCUGGUGUCUGCGUCUCCUGUCGACACGGCCAUGAUGGUGUGGGACGUGGCGGCGGAGAGCUGUGUGCCGCUGCGGAGGGUUGGCGGCGGUGGCGUCACGUUCCUCUCCUGGUCUCCAGAUGGCAGUCGACUGCUGGCCGCCACACCGUCUGCUCUCUUCAGGGUUUGGGAGACGCGUAUGUGGACGUGUGAGAGAUGGCCGUGUCUGAAAGGCAGUUGUCAGUCAGCGUGCUGGAGUCCAGACGGAGCCUGUCUGCUGUUGAGUAUUCAGGGAGAGAGGCUGAUCUACGCGCUCUCCUUCUCUGAUCUCACAGGAGGUCCGAAAGCCGCUACAGUGGUGGCCGAUCUGUCUGAGACCAGCUUUCCUGGACCUGAAGGAGAUCUGACUGUCGGAGGAGAGGUCUGCUCUCUGUCUUGGGAUCCUCGAGGUGAAAGACUCGCUGUGCUGCUGAAAGGAGAUGCGCAGUCCACUGAUCAUCCUUCAGUCAUCGCCGUGUUUAAGACGCGCUGCAGUCCUGCAUUUGAGCUGCUGCCGUGUGGGUUUGUGAUGGGCGAAGCUGGAGCCGAACCCAGAUUCAUGCAGUUCCACCCGCACUUCCAGCACGGCGCUCUGCUGACGGUGUGCUGGUCUGACGGCAGAAUCACACACGUGCCAUUUUACUUCAGCAGUGCUGGACUCUCAGACUCACAGCGGCCGGCGGCUCUGAGCACUGCUGACCGCUCCAUCAGCAGACUCUACACUGAAGAUCUACACUGAACACCUCCAUCAGAUCCUCCACUGACCGCUCCAUCAGCAGACUACACUGAUGUUAGUCCACUUCUGAUCCUGUCAAUAAAUCCUGAUUUCCUAAGCAAA